AACGCUCGAAGAAGCCACCAUCAAGAUGGCCACUCACCACAAAGGGUGUAGUUAAUGUUUGGCUUCGUUAUUUUGAUCUUCUGACUGUUAAAUCUCCUCUUAGCUUUUGCUCAAGUAGAUUUUCGGUUCAGCUGUAGCCAGCAGCCAUCAGUGGUCUGAAGUACCCUCAUAUUUCGUCCUGUUUCGUUCUUAUUACAAAAACCAAAUUUUGUCAUCUUUGAGUUUUUAAUGUGCUCUUGAGCUCCUGCCUUGUGUCCUCCAAAUCAUGUAAAGGACUGACAACGCCCACAUCAUACAAUGUCGGGAUCAAGUAGUCAUCAACAGUCGCAGCAGCCGCCUCCAGCGCCUUUAUCUAAAGCGGCAGCUGAAAGAGCACUGAGAGAUGCAAAAUGCCGCUAUAAACAAUAUGAUUGUUCCUUGUCAAGAUUAGACGGUUAUCAUUACUGUAUGCAACACAUCCUUGAAGAUAAAGCAGCACCAUACAAACCAUGUAGUUAUGUGUUUGCAUUUAACGGCAGACCUUGUUCAAAGCCUGCUUACAAAGGCGACCGCCGUAACAAUGGAUUAUGUUCCAUCCAUUCCAGGAAAGAGGAACUUAAGCGUCAAAAAUCAUCAUUGCGACACUUCCCUUCCCCCUCCACAGAGUCUCUCUUAACAGGUUUAAGUCAUUAUGUUCCAUCAUCUCAAAAUUUAAACACUGCUGUGAAAGAGGAGAGCUCAGAUGAACCUCUCGAUCCUUUCUUGGAUAUGGAUGCCUCUAUGAUAAAUGCGUCCUCAUCUCGUGUUCUUGACUAUGGAAGUGAGUCCGAUUCAGAUGUUGAUGCAGCUAUGUUGGAUGUGACUUGGAAAGGAGGGGAUGCUGAUGCAGACUCGAGUGAUGCUGAGAGUGUGGAUAGUCAGCAGGAAGAUCUCCUAAAGCAUGCGGGUGUUUAUACCUCCGAGGAAGCCAUGCAGGUCACAAGGGACAAACUCAUACGCCUGCAGUCAUUGUACAUCGAACAGUUUCGUAGACUGCAGCAUGUACUUCGGGAACGCCGUCGAAAAUAUCUACAUAGCCUUAAACGAGAAAAAGAAUCAUUAUGUAGCAUAAGCAGUCAACCACGUAACUCUUCUCGGGAGCAAAAACUGUAUGAAAAACUGAAAGCCUUAAAUCACUAUCACCGCAGAAAUGGUGUGGAGGCAGUUCUUCAUAAAAAGGCCCUUGAAAGAAGAGCUUCUGUUACAGAUGGUAUGAAUGUGAGACCAGCCCCUUUCCCUAAAUGUGUCUAUACAGAGGGUGGUGUCAAGUGUGGGGCCAGAAGUCUUCCUGUUUCCAAAUUUUGUCCAAAACAUAUCCUUCAGGACACUCACCAAGUAUUGUUUCGCCCCUGUGGCUGCAAGAUUGGGUCUGACAGUGAAUGCAAGGAGCCACUGCCUGACAUUGCAGAAGAUGCUUUUUGUGUUUAUCACACUGUCCUCCCCUCAUUUCCGAAAAGCAAGGUGGAACCAAAGACUGAGCCCACAUGCCUUACUCAGGAGGAAGCGCUGAAACAGGAACAGGAAGAGCAGAUUCAGCAGAUAAGUCUGCAACUCCAAGAACAGCUUGAACAACAGAGCCUUGCUUUACCCGAUUCAAUCGAUACUGAUAUGGACAUAGUACUUGAUUCAAAAGAUCAGAACUUUUUAAAUGCUUUUUAAAGAGUAUUUUUAUUGUUGUGAAAACAUUGUUUUUUUGUUAACAACCAAACAUUAAUCUAUAAGUUAUUAAACUAGUUUAUAUAUAUCA